GACAUCUCUUCAACAGUCACUCUUCUUCGUCUCAAAAUUAUACACAACCAGUACCACCAUUACUUCUUACCGCCCUUCAUUAACCGACUUCGAAAAGGAGGAGGUUACUCAUUUCGACAUGUAUUUUUUUUAUUUAUUUAUUUUUUGUUACUCGAUUACGCCGAGACGGCUUGACCAAUCGGAAUGAAACCUAUUGCAUCUUGUAGAGCAUGUCUUCGCGGUGGUCCCAUUACCAACAAAUUUUGAGAUUUCUCAUUUUUUACCGGUUUUUUUUUUGCAAAAAACCAAAAAAUUUUGUAUUGCUUCUUAUUCCGAAACGAAUUGACCAAUCGGAUUGAAUCUUCUUGCAUCUGGUAGGGCUUCGUUGCCUCUUAAAAGCUUAAAAAGACAUUUGACCUACUUCCAUUUUUUAUCACUUUAUCGCACUUUUUAUCGAAAAUUGGACUAUUUCACGUAUGCUCGGCCUGAAUUCGAUGAAAUCGAUGUUACCCUUUACAUUUUGUUGCCGGACUCGUUUUCGAGGUGAUCACUUUGCAAAAAUGAUUUUUCUUAUUAUUUAUAACUAUUCUUAUUGCAAAAUUCCUAUUUUUUAUGAAACGUUUUCUUUUGCUUUUUUUUUUUUAAUGUAUGUUAAAUUUCUACGCCCACACGGCUUGACCGAUUGGGAUAAAACCUUUUGAAUCUUGGAGAGCAUGUCUCCCAAUUGGUCCCGUUACCGCGAUAUUUUGAGAUUUUUCAUUUUCUACCCGUCUUUUUACCAAAAAACCGACAAAUUUUCUAUUUCCUCUUAUUCUCAAACAAUCGUAUUAUAAAAAUGAAAAACUUGUUUUCAUUUUGGCGUAAGAUCUAAAUCGUAUAUGGAAUUUGCUGUAAAAUUUGGUUGUUUGUAGCGUACGAGAAGGAAAGCCUAGCAUUCGGGUUCUUUCUCGGCUGCCCGAAGCUGUCCGAAGCGUCGAGUUCGCGUACACGCGGUUGGUCCAUGGUGUGCGUGCCGACGGAGGGGGAAAUUCUCCGUGCUGUCGUCCUCGAUCUGACGUCACACAGACCACUACCACCCGAAAGGAACGCAGCGGCCAACGGGGAGCAACCGAGCAAGAGCAACGGCUACAGGACAGGACGAAGAACAGUGCAGUCUCGGGCCUCGCGUCGACUACAACCGAUCUCUUUCCCGCGGCACUCUCCAUGCUCGACUGCUUCUUUUCGGAGCGACAAACAGCCGGCAACUGUGCGGUGUAGUGGCAACAAAAUUUAGCAAAAUUCCGCAAGAGCAAGGAAACGUGUACCGAUGACCGUCGCGAUCGACACCGCGAAAUCGACUGCUGCAGGAAUAGAGUAAUAGACAACUGAAGAAACAGAUAUCCUUCGUGCAUGUACUCGACUACCUCUAAUCUAGCAGGUGAACGAUAUCCGGUCAUCUGAAGCGUUUAGAUUCGAACAGACGAGCGUCUUCGACAAAGAACAAGUCGAAUCAUUGAUAACUUAAUCGAUAACGUGCGCGCUCGGAGGAGCUCUCAGCAGCGAUGAUAAAGUCUUCUCGACAGCUCGGACGUUGAAUCCUCGAGAGUCUGGUCCCGUUGGAGGUUAUAGCGAGCAGUUUGCAGAAUGACCGAUCCUAGAGUUGUUUGGGUUCGAAGGUGAGGAACGUGCGGCGCUGUCCGAACACGUUCGUGCCAGAUCCUCCGCGAUUUGGGGAUGUCGACGCGCGCGAAGCGGACUUUACGGACGGUGAGGACGGGUGUUCGACAUUGUUCGACGAGUCAGGUGUGCUACCGGAAGUGCUGAUGAUGAACGAGCCGGGAUCCACGAGGUAGAUCGAGCUGGUGAUCCCAACAACAAACCUGUCCUGUGUCCGUAGGAAAGUGAUCCCCUGAUCGUCUACGAGACUGUUUUCUCCUUCUAUCUCCGCUUCGUUCACGCUCCACUCGCCGGCGUCGUUUCGUAAGAGCUGCGACAAAGGGCUUUCUCGUGUCGCGGUGUUGCUCGACGAUUUGGGAAAUGUAUCUAGGACCACUGACCAUCGAGAUAGCCAUGGACUGCCGAGGGGUGGCACUGACGUUUCUGUUGAUGACAAUAGCGAGACACAGCGCCACACACGCGGCCCAAAUACCCCAGCAAGUCCCUACGUCAACCGCAGCGAUAGCGAGCACCGUGCAGAUCGAGUGCGCGAGCGAAUCGAUAAUCGUUCACAUCUCGACGGAGGGUAACAUUGAUUUCCAUGGUCUGGUGUAUCCGAGGGGUCUGUCGAAGAACAGUUCUUGUCUCCAAGAGUACAGGAGCCAACCCACCCCUAUAACAUACAACCUACCCCUCAGGUCUUGCAACACCAUGCCCACCGAACUGGAUGACGGUGGUAUCGAAUACUUCAACACAAUAGUGGUGCAGCCACACCUGAAAUUGGUGACGAACCAGGGUAGAGGUUUUCACGUGAGAUGUCGAUACCAAACGCGAGAUAAAGUGGUGACGAACGACCAAACCCACGUGGCCAUGCUGCAGUCGCUACCGCUGCAGGCGACAGCUCCCAUGCCAGGAUGCACGAUGAAAAUCUUCAGCGGAGAUCCAACGAGGCAUCAAGUGGCUGAGAACGUGAAGAUCGGGGACCCUCUGACCUUGGUCAUUAGCAUCGACAAACAGGAAAUGUUCGGUUUGAAGAUCUCUGAUUGCCUGGUACGCGAUGGCCUGGGAUGGGGAGAGCAAAGACUCAUAAACGACGAAGGGUGCCCGAUCGACGGUGAAAUUAUGGGACAGUUCACCUAUACCGAAGACAAAACGGAGGCGAAGGUGAACUUCCAAGCGCACAAAUUCCCUUACACGGCGAGCGUCUACUAUCAAUGUAACGUCAGAUUGUGCGUGAAACACGACGGAGGAUGCAGCAACACGCCGCCGGCAUGUAAUUCGAUAACGAGACGACGCAGGGAUACUACGAACGACAACUCGGCGAAGGGUGUGAUAGGCCUGGACGGAGGAACACCGGCCACUAUCGAGGUGUACAGCGGGCUCUACGUGAACGAAGCCUCGGACAUUGGCUCCAAAACAGACUUCAACGAUGAUGUCUUCAGAGAAAGGACAAUCGACGAUCCCAACAGCAUCUGCGUUUCGCAAAGAAGCUUCGCCAUUGGUAUCGCGAUCGCGGGUCUGAUCCUGAUGCUGGCGGUGGUCGCCGCGAUCCUCGUCCUGCUCGCCAAAAAACGGCACAAGAGCGUCUCGACGACGGGCUCGUCUAUCUACAGUGGGCCCUACACGAACACCGCGUACAGUCACAGCAGCUAAGUUCGCCCGAGUCUCGAAAUCCCUCAGACGGGAUAUUCGAACGAGAAACUCUAAAACUACUGUACAUGGUAGCGUAAAAGCGAUCGGGAAAUAGAUCGAAGACGAUCGACCACGACUACGACGGAAAGCCGAACGCUUCCGAACGAUCGCAUCGGUUCUACGUCGGCCCGGUUGAACCGAGGCGCAGAGAAUUUAGCUGGAUUAAACGAGAUACCUUUUGCUCAACUGCCGAUGCUACUUAUCGUUACUUUUUAUUGGGUUGUCUGGAAAGUGCAUGCCUAUUUUUAAGAAAAAUUCAAAGGCAUAUUUGAAUUUUGAUGUAUAUUUAUUGAACUAUAUAUGUACCAUUUUGUUCCACAACUUUUCCACAUUUAAGGAAUGUACACAUGUUAUUCGUUUUCAUCCAUUCCGAGAUGUUAAGACCUGUACCGUCUAAUAAAAAUCGGCAUGGACUUUUCAGACAGCCCAAUAUUUGGUCGAGGAAGUAGCCCAGAAUCGAUGGAUCUAGACACGUGUUGGAACGUAUCGGAUGAGUCUACAGUAUACAGAAUCCGACAGUGUAUGCGUGUCUUUUUUUUUAAAUCUUGCCAUCUUUUUGGUAAUUUGUUACACCGUUUUCUACCACUGUCUGUUCGAUACUUCCUCCGCUUGGAAAUUUCGUACUUAAGCACGUGUCGCGGUCUUCGCUUAGAGAAAUCGUAGCCUAGCUCGUUUUUACUUGAAACGAAUCGACGCGAAUCUCUAGGAUUAACCAUAACAUAUAAGCUAUAUAUACUAUUAUUAUUAUUAUUAUUAUUAUUAUUAUUAUUAUUAUUAAUAUUAUUAUUAUUAUCAUAUACAUACUGUAUACUAGUCCGGUAUACGCUGUCCUAGCUAACCUAGCAGCCGCACUAAAUGGCGCAAUGCACGAAUAUUUUCUAUCCAUCACGAUCAUCCCGGUAAUUUAACUUAAUCACCCGUGCAGAACGACUCACUCUAGCGUUUAAGGUGAAGUCAACUAGUACCCAGAGACUCUUUAAACGAAUCAAACGCCCCGGUGGCUCUAGUACAGGGUGAUCCGCUCGCUAGUAGACACAAUGGACAACCACAAUAGCCUACCGUCAUUGGAGACUUUAUGAUGGUGACCCACGCAACGAAAGCGGCUGUAUGGGUGAAAAUAUGUGUGUCGAGAAGAAACAUCCCUUGGGAAAAAUUACUACAUAUAUAUUAAAUACUGAAAAUUAAGAAAAUGUAAAGAAGACAAACAUUAUGAGAGAAGAAUUCAAGAACAUUUUAACACUUUAUUUACCGGGAGCCUAUUUAUAGGCUUUUUAAUUCCAGUAUUUAGGUUUUCGAAUUUAUUUACUGUGUUGAUGGUUGUCUACUUACAAUUUUCAGUUUUUGGAAACAGACUUGGCUUUCAAUGUAUCUAGUAAUAGUACGAAGGAAUUAUUGCCAGCCUAGAUUGGCAUAUGCUGAUGCAGAAAAUUCUUUUGUGAAUUAAAGAUUGUUUCUAAAUAGCCCGGUAAAUACAGUGUUAAGAUCGUCCUUAUUUUUAUUUCGUAUUCAGUCUACUCAGAUUUAAUCUCAUUUGUGCGUUUUAUUUACAAUUUUUCUAAGUAAACGACUGAAAUUCAAUUCCACGCCUAUGUUUACAAAAACGUUUCUUCUUGGCAAGCAUAUUUUCAACCAUAGAGCCGCUUUCGUUGCGGGAGUCACCGUCAUAAAGUCUACAAUGACGGUCGACUAUUGUUGUGGUUGUCCAUUGUGUCUACUAGCGAGCGGAUCACCCUGUACUUACUGUCGCUGAAAGGGAUCUUGUGAGGUCUUAAACCGAAACAGUAGUUAUUGCUUUAUUGGCCCAGGUAACUGAUCCGUAGGACGACAGGGGUGUCCUACGUGUCCUGGCUCUAAAGUAUACAUGCCCACGUUACAUCCCGGGGCCCUCAAGACUUGAUGUUUGCUACGCGGGUUUUUCCAAAUUAAAAAAACCGAAAACUCUUGACGACGAUUGGUUAACUAAGUUCCUACCUACCACAAUAUUUUCAAUAAGUUGGCCAACAGAAUUAUGUGUGAACAUACAUAAUAAGAAAAAAGUUAUUGAAAUAUGAACAUCCUAAUUCUAAUACCAUACGGCUCUGAACGAAAAGUCUAGCUCUGUUUUUAUCUAAAAAGGUGUCAGAUUACUAAUUGCGGUCGACUUAAGUUGUAAAGAUCGAUGUCCGACCGACUUUACGACCUCACAAGAUCCUUUCCAGCGACAGUAUCUACUUAGGUACCGACCGUCCUUUUUUCUUCCACUUCCACGCUACAAACGUUGGCGUUGGCACGUUUCCUUCCUACGUUACUAGCAAGCAAUCUUUUCCCAUAUUUAUAGCCAACCUCACUCACUUUCUAUUUCUCUGAUUCGCUGUUUAUACUCGAAAAAUAUAUUCUGAUGGGAGCUGAAUAAAUUUCAACCCUCGAUUGAUAGAGUGAAAUAUUUCUUACACAAUUAAUAGAAAGUCUUCGUCGAAAUUUUAGGGGAAAAAUUUUAAUAUGCAAGAUACUUGGAACCAGGCAUGUAUAUGAUGUAAUUCCCAUCAAUCGAGGGUAAAAUAAAGGUCAAACUUGUCAACUUCCGUUGACGUUGGAUAAUCUAAAUAUACAUGUAUAAUUUAAUUUCAUUAUUUACGACAGUUAUUUGGUUGUAGGGGCCAAAUAUAACAUUUUGUCCUUAUCGGUUGAAAAGCAUCUCCUUCGAUUAAACGUCGGCUACGCGUUUGUAAUUUCCGUCCAACUAGCCAAUGAACCGAUCAAGAAUACACGGAUCAGCUCCUUCGAAUCGAUCAGAGACGAGUUUUCACGAGUUUAAACGAAUUAUAGUUCUCUUAUCGGGCAACCCGAGAGUUGCAUGGGAUGUAUCGGUUAUUACGCGCUUCCGAUGAAGCUGCGUGCGUCGUGUUAUGUGAGAUUAGAUCCCGUUGUUGCAAAAACGAAGAAAAAGGCUUCAACGAGUCCAGUUAUACCGUUCCAACCACGCGAAAAAAACAAACAGCAAUCGGAAAUAGGAGAUAUGCAAAAUACAGAUGUCUAGUAGAUGAAUUUUCGAUUUUAUUUAAUAUUAAUAAUAACUACUAUUUGAAUUAUAAAAUGAAAUUGUACAUCACGAUGAUCGAGCCAAAAUUUAUUUAAAUGUUUGUUCGAACGAAUAAAUCGCCCUAAAGUUUUUCUUUUAUCCUGUAAUCAGGCCAGUUUGUUCGUGUUUGCGACAACGUGGCCCUUUGCAUGUGUGUGGCGAUAAGCGAGUGUAUAAUCCGAUUGUAAUCCAUUUAUAACGCUUAAACGUAAAACUAGUUUAAUUGAAUCGCGGUGCUGUUCCGAUGUCGGUAUCGUUUGCAUCGGGUACUUUUGAUUUUCAACGGACGAACUCGGUCCAACGUUUAGGGACAACCGAAAGCGUGAAUGAAAGUUACGUCGGAUUUGAGCAAACUGAUACAAAAUUACUACAUAUAUAUUAAAUAUGAAAAUUAAGAAAUUGUAAAGAACAAAAAUUUAUGAGAGAAGCAUUCAAGAACAUUUUAAGAUCAUCCUUAUUUUUGUUUCGUAUUCAGUCUACUCAGAUUUCAGUUUCAUUUGUGCGUUUUAUUUACAAUUUUUCUAAGAAAACGAGUGAAAUUCAAUCGCACGCCUAUGUUCACAAAAACAUUUUUAUUGUUUCGUGUAUCGAUACGUUAAAAGUUGAAUCGUCGAAAACCAAAAGUUCCGCAUACUUUCUUCCGUUUCUUCGAUUCUUUCGUAACAAAACAUGGAUAAUAUAGAGUGCGGCACUUAAUACAGAUCGUGCAAAUAAUUUGUUUACUUUUGAUGAUAGAUAAAAACAGUUCAAACUAAUCUGACUUGAUAUCGAGAAAAAUAUUGCUCGAUACCAUUAGUUUUGGUUAUUUGAAUAGCUUUUGUCUAUCAUCAGGAACAGGUAAGUUAUUCGAAUGGAUUUGCCUAAGAGUCUCGCUCUGUAUAAACGACAAAUCUAGACAUUUAGUAAACUACACUUGCGAGAAAGAAUCGGAGGAAGUGCAAAGCACCGAUGUUGCGCCGACACGUGGAGCGUUUUUAGUUUUAUAAUCAUCGGAAAGAAGAGAAACUGCCGAUGCAGUCGCGUAACUGGGUCCAACGCGGUGGUGGGUACAGAUUGUAAAAUUUACAUUUUAAUGAGAGAAAAAGAAGGAACAACGGACACGCAAACGUAACUCGUAACCCAUGGAAAACACUAUUAUACGAAAAAUUGAAAAGUGAAAAAAAAAUGCAUAAAUGUCCAUUCGGUUUACAGAAGUGAUAUACGCUGACGACGAUCAUUCUCUGUGGACUGGUCAUCGCCGAACACUACGUAUAUCUCUCCAUUAUCGAACAUCGUAUCGCAGCAAUUUUUAUUUUCAUUGGGCAUAGUCGUAACGAUUAGAUGAAAUUAGGAGAACUUCGUCAAAGUGUACAGGAGCAACUUCAAUUUCAGUGUUUAUCUACCGGAACAUAUUGACUGUGUUGUUGCUUUUUAGAUUUUUGAUCUGUCGAGGCCACGGACGCGAAACAUAAAAUUUAUCCUAUCGAAUUACCCUACGUAAAUUUAUCAGCGAUUACGUAUUCUGCGGUACGAUGUUCUUUGAAUCUCUCAGCAAGUGCAAUAACUUCGCGCGAUCGACUAGCCACAGAGAUUCUGUCGCGGAUUGGAAAUGGCCGGCGAACGUAUAACAAACGUGCGUGUUAUCGUUUGCUCGUGCUCGUGGCAUUGGUUCAUAGCGACAUUGGGGACGAAAAUGCCUGUAUAGAGACUUUUUUUAAGGAUACGUGAUUCUUUUUAGGUCCCGCAACGUUUCUCUGGACCCUUGUCAAAAACCUUACAACAAACUUGUGUAAAUAACGAAAAAUCAAUAAAUCUUGUAACCAUAAAAGAA